AAUGGGACGCUGCUCUCUCUCCCUCCUCCCAUCCACACACACACACACACACACACACACACACCGCUUUCCCUGUUCGGUCCAGCCGCUGGAUCAUCACCGGAUCUAGGUACCCUCGCUGGUGAUCUGCAUGAGCGGAGCCGACAGCGGCGGGUCCCUAAAGGGGAAAGGGUUUUAAGGCGCCACCUCUUCAAAACAGACGAUUUUGAAGCCAGGGAGUGUCUCGGCAGGAGCAGAGAGGAAGAGCGGUAGGCGCUCCGACUCCCAAGAGAACUCAAUGCGUUGGCUAUGGAGAAAGGGGCGCCCUUUGGACUACCUCGCCUCUGGGUGCUGUGGACCGCGUUGCUCUUGGAACUCUGCCCCUGUGGCGCCCACGGCAACUGGAUGGGCUGCUUUUGCAGGUGGUUGGGCAUUGCCUCCAUUGGUGUUCCGGAGAAACUGGGUUGUGCGAACCUGCCACUGAAUGGUCAUCAAAAGGACCUGUGCAAGAAGAAACCCUACCUCCUGCCUAGCAUCCAAGAAGGAGCACGCCUGGGCCUUGAGGAAUGCCAGAGCCAGUUCAAACAUGAGCGCUGGAACUGCCUCCUCUCACCGGAUACGGCUGCUACAGCUUCCAACCCUUCACCCAUCUCUGUGGCUCCUGCCUUCUCCAUCUUUGGCUAUGAGCUAAGCAGCGGUACCAAAGAAACAGCGUUUAUCUCUGCCGUGACAGCAGCUGGCCUUGUGCAUUCAGUGACUCAUUCAUGCAGCGCAGGGAAUAUGACUGAAUGCUCCUGUGAUAUCACGCUGCAAAACGGCGGAUCGGCCAGUGAAGGCUGGCACUGGGGUGGCUGCUCUGAUGACAUCCAGUAUGGAAUGUGGUUGAGCAGAAGGUUUUUAGAUGGUCCUCCCAAAAACGCCACGGGAAAAGAUGGCAAUGGAAUGAUAGCCAUGAACUUGCAUAAUAACGAAGCUGGAAGACUGGCUGUAGCAAAACUGAUGUCUGUGGAUUGCCGUUGUCAUGGAGUAUCUGGCUCUUGUGCCUUGAAAACUUGCUGGAAAACAAUGUCAUGCUUUGCAAAGAUUGGCAGUUUUUUAAAAGAGAAGUAUGAAAGCAGCAUCCAGAUUUCAGCCAGGGUGAAAAAAAAGAUACGUAGGAAAGACAAAAGCCAGCGAAAGAUACCAAUCCACAAAGAAGAUCUGCUGUAUAUCAACAGGUCCCCCAACUACUGUGUUGAAGAUCACAAACUGGGAGUCCCUGGGACACAGGGGAGGGAAUGCAAUCGGACUUCAGAGGGACCGGAUGGAUGCAACCUCCUCUGCUGUGGCCGUGGAUACAAUACGCAUGUAGUCAGGCACGUGGAGAGAUGUGAAUGCAAGUUUGUUUGGUGUUGUUAUGUACGCUGCAGAAGAUGUGAGACCAUGACUGAUGUUCAUACUUGCAAAUGAACCUAUCUGCCAUGAAAAGAUGGCAAAAAAACCUAUGAAGUAGCAUUCCUAGGGUCAUGCUAAGGAAGCAUCUCGAGAUGAAGAGCAACCCUCCUUGGUCCAAAAGUAUUGGUUCUUGUUGAAAGGGCAGCUUUGAAAAAGUAAAAGUCCUGCUUAAAAAUAACAACAGUGAAGAGAGACCUGGAUCACCUGAAGAAUUUGCAUAACUGGAUGGCAUAUUUGAGUAACUCUUUCCAUGGCUGUGGAUAGUCAGUAUUUUCACCAGUCAUGUCAAGAUGAGCACAAGGAUAUCUUAGUCAACGCUGAACAUGCUCAGUUAUCCAGAAGAGCUUGCAUGAAACAUUCAGAGGCUUAAAUGAUGCCCGAGAUGAGAUAAACUGGUCCAAUAUGAUUAAGAACACUCUUUUUAUGGAGGCCUCUGGGAGCAAAGCAUUACCAGUGGUUAUAUAGCCAUUUGUUCAGCAACUCAAAUUUAAGGGGAAAACUGAGGUGCUCAGCAGCUAAUCAUGGCUAACCAGCCAGAGUCAAAGAUGGGAUGAAUAGAUUUCUUGGGGAGGCUCUGGAAGUUUGCUAAGCCAUUGGUGUUGGAGUACAUGCUUGUUGAAGUAAAAUGGUGUAUAGCAGUGACCUCGUAGUGGUGGGUUUUUUUAGUUGUGUCUGUUCCAAUGGCCUUAAAAGCUUCAUUUAGGACAAAGUGAGAAAUGGAGCUGCUUUAUGGGAACGUUGUGGGGUCAUCACCUGAGACAUGCUCAUUUUUCCCUCCUUGAAGUGUGCUGGUUCUUUUUGUUUUGUUUUAUGAUGCCUCACCCUUAUUAGUCUCUGAUUACUUAAAAAAACAUAA